AUGUCAUCACGCGCCCCAUAUGUUGUUCCGGCUCUGAAGAAGCACACUGCGACGGUGAUCAUGGCCCACGGCCUUGGAGACUCUGGGCAGGGAUGGACCUCCCUUGCUCAGAACUGGCGCCGUCGCGGCAAGUUCGAGGAGGUGACCUUCAUUUUCCCGAAUGCGCCCUCAAUCCCCGUCACCGUUAAUGGAGGCAUGAAAAUGCCCGCCUGGCACGACAUGUCCGUUCUGGGCCGCGAGCUCAGCUUCGAAGACGCACCCCGCUACCAAGAUGAACCCAGCGCCUUGCGAUCCCGCAACUAUUUCAACACUCUCAUCCAGGACCAGAUUAACAAGGGAAUCAAGCCCUCGCGUAUUGUACUUGGCGGGUUCUCGCAAGGAGGCGCCAUGGCAGUGUUCACCGGCACUACAAGCGAGGAGAAAUUGGGCGGUGUCUUCGGACUGUCGAGUUAUCUGCUUCUUCACGACCGCAUCAAGAACUUCAUUCCUGAGGACUUCCCGAACAAGAACACUCCUUUCUUCCUGGCCCACGGCGAGGAUGACCCAGUCGUCAAAUAUGAAUUUGGUCAGCAGUCGUAUCAGGCUUUGAAGGACCUUGGGUUGCAGGAUGUGGAGUUUAAGUCAUAUGAGGAUCUUGGUCACUCUGCCGACCCGCUAGAAAUUGACCACCUCGAGCAAUUCUUGGCGAAGGUUCUUCCUCCUGUUGGAGAUGGCGAAGCCGCCGGGCUCUGA